AUGCCGUCAACCCAGCAAAAGCCCUACGACCCCGACAACGUCUUUGCAAAGAUCCUUGAUGGCCGACUGCCGUGCCACAAGAUCUUCGAGACAGAAAGCUGCAUAGCCAUCUUAGAUGCAUUCCCCACAGCCCAGGGCCACGCCUUGCUCAUAUCGAAGGCGCCGGCACUCACAAUUAUGGAUCUGAGUGAACAGCAGGCGGGAGAUGUGCUGAAGGAGCUUCCCAGACUCUGCAGGGCAGUUCAGAAGGCCACAAACUGCGACGCAGUAAAUGUGCUGCACAACGGCGGGGCCGCCGCUGGCCAGAUCGUCCACCACCUGCACUUCCACGUCGUGCCGCGUUUUGAAAACGACAAUCUUUUCAAACAGUUCAAAAGCGCCAGUUCUAUGAUCACUGCCGAAGAGGCGGCGGGCAUUCUCGAGAAAAUAAAGGCAAAUCUGUAG